AUGAUUAAUACAAGGUGGGGUCACGUGGUCGUUCCCAUGGACAACGAAACGGAUGUGGUGCAUUAUGAUAUUCGAACAUGUAAUUCAAUAGCAAUACCGCCAUAUCAUGAAAUGGCUGUACCGGCUUCGGUAAAGAUAUCAUCAGCCGAGUCAGUGAUUUUUCAACCGAACAAAGAAUUAUUAUCGAAACAAUCAUUGUUGAUUCCACAUGCUAUUUUAACAGUAGACAAUUAUCGUACUUUGUUAACAAUUCGAAAUCCGACCGACUACCCAAGUAUGGUACACCAAAAUGUUAAGUUGGGAUCCAUCACAAUAACAACUCCAGAUAUAAAAAUAUUUGCCAUCAAUGGAGAUAUAGGUU